CGACUUAUCCGCGAAAAAGAAGAACACAUCAGCCAACUGCUAGAGGAGCGUGACAUUGAGCGUUCGGAUUUGGCUAAAGCCACGUUAGAAAGGGAACAGAGUGAAAAGAUGUGCUCUGUAGAUAUGCAGUUGGUUUUUGCUAACGUCCGUCUACACGAAGCCGUCGACUUUGUAUGUGCCCUGUCUGAGUUGGGGAGUUUUCUCCUUCCCAUUGCGACAGGUUUUCUCAAGCAACUUCUGUUGUGCACUGAGAAAGUCACUUCCAUGUUCUUGAACUCAGCUUAUCAACAG